AGAAGAAUUUCCACCGAACCCGGAAGCGCUCUUGAAGCAGCAGGGUUUCAUUCAGGCUGCAGCCUCGCAUAUUAGUUCCCAAUAAGGCCCCGCCGGUGACAGGCGCUUCGUUCAUCUUUUUGUAGAUCAGAUUAAAGGAGCGCAAACAUGGCUAGUCGACUCCCGGCUUGUGUUGUUGAUUGCGGAACUGGGUACACAAAGCUUGGCUAUGCAGGAAAUACGGAACCUCAGUUCAUUAUACCUUCAUGUAUUGCAAUCAAAGAGUCCGCCAAAGUUGGAGACCAAGCGCAGCGCAGAAUGAUGAAAGGAGUCGACGACCUGGACUUUUUUAUCGGCGACGAAGCCAUCGACAAGCCAUCGUAUGCGACAAAGUGGCCCAUCCGUCACGGGAUCGUGGAGGACUGGGACCUGAUGGAGAGAUUCAUGGAGCAGGUCAUCUUCAAGUAUCUGCGGGCAGAACCUGAAGACCACUACUUCCUGCUGACGGAGCCUCCUCUCAACACGCCUGAGAACCGCGAGUACACUGCAGAGAUUAUGUUUGAGUCCUUCAACGUGCCAGGCCUCUACAUCGCUGUUCAGGCUGUUUUGGCACUGGCCGCCUCCUGGACCUCCAGACAGAUCGGAGAGCGAACGCUGACGGGAACUGUUAUUGACAGCGGCGACGGUGUCACACACGUCAUCCCAGUGGCUGAAGGUUACGUCAUCGGCAGUUGCAUUAAACACAUCCCCAUCGCCGGGCGAGACAUCACCUACUUCACUCAGCAGCUGCUACGAGAGAGGGAGGUGGGAAUUCCUCCGGAGCAGUCGCUGGAGACGGCCAAAGCUGUCAAGGAGCGCUUCAGCUACGUCUGUCCGGAUCUAGUGAAGGAGUUCAACAAGUACGACACAGACGGCUCUAAGUGGAUCAAGCAGUACACCGGGAUCAACGCUAUCUCUAAGAAGGAGUUCACCAUUGAUGUUGGAUACGAACGCUUCCUCGGUCCAGAGAUCUUCUUCCACCCCGAGUUUGCCAACCCAGACUUCACCCAGCCGAUCUCGGAGGUGGUGGACGAAGUCAUCCAGAACUGUCCCAUCGACGUGAGACGCCCACUCUAUAAGAAUGUCGUUCUGUCCGGAGGCUCCACCAUGUUUAGGGACUUCGGCAGACGACUGCAGAGAGACCUCAAGAGGACCGUGGACGCCCGGCUUAAGAUCAGCGAAGAGCUAAGUGGUGGCAAAUUGAAGCCGAAGCCCAUCGACGUGCAGGUCAUUACUCACCACAUGCAGAGAUACGCCGUGUGGUUUGGAGGAUCGAUGCUGGCAUCUACCCCGGAGUUCUACCAGGUGUGUCACACCAAAAAAGACUACGAGGAGAUCGGGCCGAGCAUCUGUCGCCACAACCCCGUGUUUGGAGUCAUGUCUUAGGAGAAGCGUGUUUAGCAUAGGUUUGAGUGGAGAAAUAAAAGAAAAUUUUAAAAAACAGACAAAUAAGGAUAAGGAGCAGCAGAACUAAACAUCCCACCAAAGUCCACGGGGCUUUGCACUGAUGAGUGGAGCGACAGCGGACCAAACAAACUGCAAAAGCAGUUUUUUUGCGUGAGUUAAAGGAACAAGAAAUCUGCUUAAAGAAAAAAAAGAAAAUGUUUACCACAAGAAAAUAUCUCAAAACUGUGCGUGCCUCGUAUGUGUGUUCGUACGUCGUUAAAGGUUUGCAAUGAAUCAUGUAUGUAUGCUCUUUUGUUGGGGUUGAGAGGUUUUUUGUAUGUAUUUUGAGAAAAAAAAGGAAAAAAUCAACAAAGAUUUGACAGGAAAUGUGGGACCUCUUCGACAAACUUGGCCUCCAGAAAAUUGUAGACUUUUCAAACGCUUUGCAUUCCUUUGGUUUUGUAUUUGAACCAAUCACCUCUGAAAAGUGUGUAUGAUAAUUAUCAUGACUGUUUUCGGACCGUCACUGUUGCUUCAGUUGUACUGUACCAAAUACAAUCUCAGAAAACGGCAUUCUAAUAAAUGCCAAAGAUGGAUUUCCA